AUGGCCAAUAAUCGACCUGUGUCAAUGGUGAUUUCAUCGAAUAAUGUACCUGAUGAAACAAUUAUAAAUGGAGCUAAAAGUAUUUUGUCAAAAAAAGAAUCACUUUCAAUACGUUCAUCAAAUCAACAAAAUAUACCAAUAAAUAAUGUCAUUAAUGCAAAUUCAUCUUCAUCAUCAAUUGAUAGUGCUGGUGCUAAAAAUACAAUAUUUACUGAUAAACAAAUAUCCUCCCAAUUAAAUUCAAAUACAACAGUAUCAUCAACAACAACUGAUAGUGAAUUAGAAAGUGAACAAGAAGAACGAUAUAUUGAUAAUAAUAAUUUAUUAGAAUUAAAUAAUAUGCCAAUACAAAUGCAACAACAACAACAACAAUCAUUAUCAAGACAUGAUAGUGGACAACAAAAAAAUGAUGUUAAUUCACAAGAACAAUUAUCACGACGUGAAAAACAUUUUCAAAAAUUAUUUAAAUCUGAAAUACCUGAUGAAAUGCCAGAACUAAUUGAUUCUUAUGUUUGUGCAUAUCAAGGUGAUAUAUUAUUACAAGGUAAAAUGUAUAUAACUGAUCGUUAUCUAUGUUUUCAUUCACGAAUUAUAUCUUAUGUAACAAAACAUGUUUAUCGUUGGGAACAAAUUGAAAAUGUUACAAAAGAACGUGUUGCAUUCAUAUUUCCAACAGCUAUUGGUAUACAAUUAAAACAUUCAGGAAAAAAAGUUAUUUAUGCAUCAUUUCUUCAACGUGAUCAAGCAUAUGAUAAAAUUUUUUAUAUGUGUUCACGUUAUAAUAAUGAUACAAAUUCAUUACAAGAUGAUGAUGACAAUCAUUUAACACAAGGUGGUACAUUAAAAGCUGUAAAUAGUAAUUUUAAUUAUAAUGAAAAAAUAAAAAAAUCAAAACGUGAUAUGGCUUAUGAUAUGGUUGAUGAACAAGAACAAGAUGGAGUUUUACAAAUGUGUUUAACAUCAAAUACAACAACAAUAAUAAAUAAUAAUAAUAAUAACAAUAAUAAAUGGCGACAACAAUCUAUUUCAUCGAAAAAUUCUUAUACUAAACAACAAUUAAAACAAUCAAGAAAAUUAUUUAAUUCUGAUAAAAAUAAAUCAUUUAAACAUUCAAAUACAAAUCAAAGUUUCACAAAUAGUUUAAGUGAAAAUAAUUCUGAUAAUAAUGAAUUCAAUAGAAAUUCACGUAUCAAUAAUAAUAAAAAUCAAGAAAAUGAAACUAAUACAAUAUUAAAUAAUCCUCCUGUAGUAUUUCGUCAAUCACAUAAUACUUCAUUACGAACUAAUCGAAGUCGUAGUCGUGAUCGAACAUUAUCCCCAUCAAAUCGUACAUCAUCAAAUAUCCGAACUUCAAAUUCUUCAACAAGUUCAAUGACAAAUACUGAUUCUUUAAUAAUAAAUUCAAAUAAUGAUGGUUUAUUAGGAAAAUAUAGUCGUAUAAUUAUUUUAUCUGUUAUAUCUAUUGUAAAACUUCUCAUUGAAUAUUUAUUAUUAUUAUAUAAUCGAUUUAAAACUUAUCCAAUUAAAACAUCAUUGAUAUUGUUAAUAUUUAUUAUAAUUUUAAUAGUACAUUCAUUUUAUUUAAUUAACUUAGCCUAUCGCAUUGAAAAUCGUUUACAAUCAUUACAUCAUUUAUGGCCAUCAUCAUCAAUGAAAAAUUUUCGACGAUUACAAAACGAACUGUAA